AUGUCAACAUGGCCGGCUGAUGCGAUCUACAACACUUCUUUUAUUUCAUUGGACUAUGGUUUAGUUGGUGCUGGUCAAUUACUAGAUUCCAGCGGGACUCACCGUGCUUCAACAGUUGAUCAGAACAAAUGGGCUUUUACGCGUUCUCCAUUUCAUGCGGAUAGUGGAUUUGUACAAACAAAAUAUACAUGGAAAAUACUACCAGGAGAUUCUAACUACAAGUUUCCAAACAUCGGACGUCUUUCUAGUGAAGCUACUUCGCUGGCAUCAAGUGCAAACGAUGCAAUCCGCACCGACGGUAUUUUCUGCUAUAUUCCGCAUGAGGUUCUAUAUCCUUUAAGUAGAGAGUCGUAUCUUACAACAGAAGCUGGCAAGGUAUUUGACUCAUCGAUUAUCAACACAUCGGCUAUUGGAAUUCUUCCUGCUACACCUCAAAGUCGGUUUCUUCCUACACAAUGUUUUGCUUUCAUUCAAAAUCAAAAAGAAGAAGGAAACCAUUUUCUGUACCUUUGCAAACCGUCUACGUGGAUGUUCCAAGCAACCCCGAAGUUGCAGUCUGCCUUGGGUAUGGAAUCACAACCUUUUUCGUUACAUGUUCCGGCUUUUCACUUGCACCCAUAUCCUUCAUGGAAAUUCCAGGAACCAAUCUUACAAGUGAUGUUUGGGCCUGAAGCAUCGUCCCUUCUUUACGUACUAACGGCCACGGAGGUCGUACUAUUUAAAAUCAGUUAUCAUAUUCUUUUUCUUGAACAGAGUGAUUUUCCUGCUUUCAUUUCUGCUAUCCCUUUACGAUUUCUUUAUGCAAAGGAUGUUUAUGAUUCCGAUGCCUUCGUCCAUAUGUCUUCGCACCCUUCUGAUCCCUCCCUUUUUGCUACCGUAUCUGCGUCAGGGAACUGGAAAUUAUGGCAAAUAUUAGAAGAUGGUUACCGAGAGUAUCUUUCGGGUACUUUUCAAGCCACUUAUGAUGCUGCUCUUUCCCAUAUUCCAUUUGCCAGUAAGAGUGAUGACACAGACCAACAAGAAGUACCAUCACCGUCGAAAAAUAGAUAUAGAAUAAUUUGGGAGGCUAGCUCCUUUGGACUACUAUUAGCAAAUGAAGAAGCUGUAGUACAUAUUCAUCCCUCGAACCCGUCUAUUCCGCGUCUGUUAUAUAAAUGUGACAAGGACUCAGCUAUUUUACAAGUAUCUUCAGAGGUACUGCAUGUUGCAUCCGAAUUUUUUAUUUUAACGACAGAUGCAGUUAUAUGGAUGGAUAUUCAACAGCCAAUUCAACCUCUACUGGUUUGGAAACAUCAUCGUAGCCGUGAUCCUACCCUUCAAAUGAAAGUUUUCAACGCUUUUAUAGAAAACAUUUACGUAUCAUUGUAUUCAGGACUAAAUGGAAUUAUUCAAGAAUUUCAUUUUUCUAAAGAUAGGGCGCUUGCUAUCUCCUCGGGACCUCCGUUUCUUCUCUUGCAUGAUAUCCAGGUCCCUAUACAAUCAUUAACAAUGCAACCGUGCUACUUCAUUGAUGCUGAGGAUGGCCAGACUACACAAGACUCUCGCUUUGACUCCCCGUUUUGGUCAGUUAUAGUUCAUCGUUCCGAUGGUUCCAUAACUAUAAACUUGAUAUGUGAAAAAAGUUCUUCGGAGUUAUAUGAAAUAGAGGAGGUAAACGAUUCAACUCGACAUUUGGCAUCUUUGAAGUACUUAAGUCUAGACGACAGGGAAAAAGAUGUCGAUAAUUUUGAAAAAGAAGCAGAAGUUUAUAAAACAUAUAUCAUUCAUCCUUCCGUCAGGAAAUUACAAAAUUGGCUUACCUCUAAAACCGAAGAAUCAGGUCUAAUUUCCCUUAAUGACUUCUCCAUACAAUUAAAAAACGAUCUGCAAGAUAAACAAAUGUUAUUUAGCGAGUCAAUAGUGACUUUAUUUGAUUUAUUGCAAAGUAAAAAGCUGUCUACCCAGUUUAAAGGACUGGACGAGGUGGUGGAUUAUAUAAAAGGUACCGCCAUUCCUGAAUAUUUUCCGCAUAUCUCCCAUUUAAGCUUAUCCUCAAAUAAUAGUGAUGCUUUACACUCUAAAGAGCUCCUAGAGAAUCUAUCUAGAGUUUGGGUAACUCCAUUGGCUUCAAAUACUGAGUUCAAAUCAUUGAUUGAUUUUAGACUGAACACUUUGCAUCACAUAAGUAAUUACGUUUUAAUGUCUUCUGUUGGGUUUGCUAAACUUUUUCCUGGUUCUACUGAAGAUGUAAAUCUUGAGUCUUUUAAAAGUGCUGAACUAUCUUUCAUUUCACCUUUUCAAACUAAGCAGCCUGUGAAACUUCACGAAGAUGCAAGUGAAAUGCUAAAGGGGUGGAGUUUAGGGAAAGUUAAUACUACAUACAACAUCGGAGAUUCAUCUGUCGAUAUAUCUGAGCCAUUAACCAGUCAGACCCUUGAGUUUACUGAGCCUUCAUUGUCGUCCUUUGUCCUUCCUUCCAGUCAGAUUGCUACAGUACAUUCAGAGGAUGCUCUUCCUCCAUCACAGUCAUCAUCCUUUCCUGAAUUUUCAAGCCAGGCUACACCGGUUAUGUCUCAGGUCGUCACGGGUAAGUAUGGAGCAAGACCAAAAAAGAAGAAGAAGAGGAGUGGCUUUUAG